GAGAAGAAGGCCGAUGACAAGGAGGAGAAGAUUCAAGCUCUUACAACUAGCGAUAUCCAGAUCCUCAAAACCUAUGGUCAAGGCGCAUACGCCGCAAAGUUGAAGAAGACAGAACAUGACAUCAAAGAAGUGCAGAAGCGGAUAGACGAGAAGCUUGGCGUGAAGGAGUCUGACACAGGCCUUGCUCCGCCGAAUCUCUGGGAUCUUCCAGUUGACCGACAACGCAUGGGAGCUCAUCCAUUGCAAGUUGCGCGGUGUACUAAAAUCAUUCCUGUUGAUCCCAAGAAAGCUGAGGCUGCACGCGCCGUCAACCCUGUCGGUGCCGCUCAAGGCCAGAAGGGGGCCGACGAGCAGGACAAAUAUGUCAUCAACAUCAAACAAAUAGCUAAAUUUGUCGUUGGUCUCGGUGAUCGAGUCGCCCCGACGGAUAUCGAAGAGGGUAUGCGUGUGGGUGUGGACCGGAAUAAAUACCAAAUCCAAAUCCCACUGCCACCCAAGAUUGAUGCUUCGGUGACGAUGAUGCAGGUUGAGGAGAAGCCCGACGUAACGUACUCGGACGUUGGUGGAUGCAAAGAGCAAAUCGAGAAGCUGCGUGAAGUCGUUGAGACGCCGCUACUAUCACCCGAGCGCUUCGUCAAGCUCGGUAUCGAUCCACCAAAGGGAGUCCUUCUCUUUGGGCCACCAGGAACUGGCAAAACUCUUUGUGCACGUGCAGUCGCCAAUCGCACAGAUGCCACCUUCAUCCGCGUCAUUGGCUCAGAACUUGUGCAAAAGUAUGUCGGCGAGGGUGCACGAAUGGUUCGCGAGUUGUUUGAGAUGGCCCGUUCAAAGAAAGCUUGUAUUAUUUUCUUUGACGAAGUCGACGCUAUCGGUGGGGCGCGAUUUGAUGAUGGCGCUGGUGGUGACAAUGAGGUGCAGCGCACAAUGCUGGAGCUGAUUAACCAGCUGGAUGGAUUUGACCCCCGAGGGAAUAUCAAAGUGCUCAUGGCCACAAAUCGACCAGAUACUCUUGACCCUGCAUUAUUGCGUCCCGGUCGACUUGAUCGACGGGUGGAGUUUUCACUGCCUGAUAAUGAGGGGAGGGCUCAUAUUCUUAAGAUUCAUGCCCGAAGUAUGAGCGUCGAACGCGAUAUCCGAUUCGACCUCAUUGCUCGACUAUGUCCCAAUACGACGGGUGCUGAACUUCGCUCAGUUGCAACUGAGGCUGGCAUGUUUGCAAUUCGUGCCCGGCGGAAGGUCGCUACGGAGCGCGACUUCCUCGAUGCUGUAGAGAAGGUCGUGCGACAAGGGACGAAGUUCUCGUCAACGACACUGUUUCAAAUUGUCUGGUACAUACAUACUAGGACAUGCAACGUCUACUGCAUGUUUUGUACAAUCAUGAUGAUGACGAUCAACCUUCCAGUGCGCGCCCUCACAGUGCGCACCAUUCAACGGCGGCGGUACCAUGUUCGUCGUGCACCGUUGCCACCGUCCGGUGAAUCUGCUCGACUUCUCGACUCGUUCGCAGCACAUCCGCCACUUCCUCUAACGCUUUCAACCCUUGUGUCCUUCGGGAACCCUUUAACACCUGCAUCUGUGCUGCGCUCAGUAACCUACGUACUUUCGGAGAUACCAAGACGUAUGGCCCAGCGCGUCCGCGCCCUGGAGGGGUUGCCAUUCAUUGUCGGCACUAAUCCAUAUGUUACACGAACUCUCAACGGUCACAGAGACAGCUUUAAUUUACUCGCCACUUAUCCUGAAGUGCGCACGCUUGAGGACAAUAAACAUUUUGUCGAUGAACUAGAUAUACUUGUGCAGAGACACAGAAACGAUAUACCAACCAUGGCCAAGGGAUUUCAAGAAUGCUCGCGGUACAUGUCCCCGACUCAAAUAUCCAACUUCCUCGAUGGUGCUAUCAGAUCCCGCAUCUCUGUACGCCUGAUUGCUGAACAACAUAUCGCGCUCUCACACGCACUUGCUAUGGAUCCAGGGGCCGCAGAGACCGGCGUGCUCUUGCACAAUGGUGUCAUUGAUCCAAAGUGCUCCCCCGCGGUCAUGGUCCGCAUGUGUGGCGCAUUCGUCAGCGAAUUAUGCGAGGCUACCCUUGGCGCAAGCCCCAACAUCACGAUUGACGGGUGUCCAGAAGCCACAUUCACCUAUGUCCCUGUGCACCUUGAGUAUAUCCUCACCGAAAUGCUCAAGAAUGCAUUCCGCGCUACCGUAGAGCAUCACCACAAGCUUCAUGGCCUCGCUUCAUCCCACCCCCUACCACCCGUACAAAUCACUAUCUCACCCCCUACUUCAUCCCAUCCAUUCCUAUCAAUUCGAAUUCGCGACCAGGGUGGUGGCGUCUCAGCGUCCAACAUGGCUCGUAUAUUCUCAUAUGCUUUCACUACCGCAGGGCAUGCCGACGACCAUAACGGAGACGGUGGGCCGUACGCCGCACAGCAUAUUGGCGGGAGCGCAGCCAUCGGGAGUGGUAGUGCGGGGGAAGGCGGGAACCUUUUUGGCGAGAUUACAGAGAAGGGUAUCCAGGUGGGCCUUGGAACAAUUGCAGGUUUAGGGUAUGGGCUCCCUUUGAGUCGGUUAUAUGCAAAAUAUUUCGGUGGUUCAUUGGAUGUAUUUUCGCUUGACGGGUGGGGUGACGAUGUCUUUAUCAAACUUAGAUGUCUACUAGACGAUGCAGGUGACGCCGAGAUAUAG